CUCGCCUAAGCACACAUGACAAAAGAAUAAUCCUAGAAAAUGUGAAAUUCAUUUUCUCCUGGAUCGAAUAACUUCAAAAAAAAUAUCAAUAUGGCGGCAAAAUAACUCAAUCUUCUUCUCUCACUCUCGAUGAACCCAGGGGAUCCUAAGAGCAUGACGACGCCGCAGCGAAAAAGAAAAAAGAAGUAGAGUCAACUUAUUUGAGGUUAUGAAAAUGUUUUGAAACAACUUUCAAAUUUCUCAAAAACAUUGAAAAAUGUCUUUGUGCGAGGCCGAGAAAACAUUUGUGCUACAUGGAGUCGAGGAGAACUUUCGUUUGGAUGGAAGAGAACGCGAAGACUACAGACCUAUGGAGCUAGAAACUGAUAUAGUAUUACACGCUUUUGGCUCUGCUCGACUAAGAUUAGCUAAUACGGAUGUCCUAGUUGCAGUCAAGAUCGAAAUAGAUGUUCCAUUCCCGGAGAGAUCCAAGGAAGGCAAACUGGAAUUCUUUGUUGAUUGCUCGGCAAAUGCGACUCCCGAUUUUGAAGGCAGAGGAGGUGAAGAUCUAGCUGUGGAAAUAGCAAAUACACUAAGUUCUGCAUACCGCUCAAAACAUGCUUUUGACUUGACCAAACUUUGUAUCCUCAAAGGCAAAAAGUGUUGGAAGGUCUAUGUUGAUAUUCUACUACUAGAGUGUGGAGGCAAUCUAUUUGAUGCAGUUUCUUUAGCAGUGAAAGCAGCCCUAUGGAAUACACAAGUACCGAAAGUGCAUGGGGUCAACAUAGAUGGCAACAACAUAGAGUUGAAUGUCUCAGAGGAGCUAUAUGAUUGUGAUAGACUAGAUGUGAAGAAUGCACCAGUGAUGGUGACAGUUUGUAAGAUUGGGGAAAAAUGCAUUGUGGAUCCAAGUGUGGCAGAAGAGCAAUGUUCUGUGGGGUCUAUUGUAGUUGCAGUAUCAGGGGAUAAAUUCAGUACGGUUUUGCAGACUGGUACUGGUUCUUUGCAUCCAGCUACUUUAAUGGAGAGCUUGAAAUUGGGACACAGGGUAGCUCAGAGACUAGAUGAGGCAUUGUGGGCUACUUUAAGGCAAAUAAAACCUGGUCAAGAUGUGGGAUUUCUUAAAUAACAGUUUUACAAUAUAAUUAAUAAAUACCUUUUCU